AUUAUAAGUUUUCUAGCAGAAUCCAGAAACUGUCAAACUGUUCUAUGGUAACGUGCUGGAAGAAGUAACCCGACAAUUGUAGCAUUGCUCGCACGGUACAUGCAUGGGACUAUAAGCUAAGAGACUUAUAUUACAAAUACAAAGUGUUCUAUUACUCCAACGGAGAGUUCGCUUGAAUCAGUCAACUACAAAAGUGAUAGAAAACAAAAAUCAUGUUGAGUCUUGUAUUCGCAGCCAUCGUAAUAGCAACUUUUUGGAUACUUUUCCGGUUAUAUGCUAGUUACAAGUUAAGUUACUGGAAGAGACGCGGCGUUGAAUACCUCACCCCCGACUUGAUUUUUGGCAACGUCAAGAAUGCCAUAUUAUUCCGUUCUCCACCGGCAUGGCACAUGGGCAAAUUGCACAAGAUGGCUCGUGCGGAAGCGCCAUUCGUCGGUUUCUACAUCUUCCACAAGCCAUGUCUAUUACUACGCGAUCCAGAUAUCAUCAAGCAUAUCAUGAUUACAGACUUUGACAAUUUCACUGAUCGCUACUUUGCGGGCUCCCAUCAGAAGGACAGUAUGGGCACGAAGAAUUUGUUUGCUAUAAAGAAUCCGGCCUGGAAAUAUAUGCGAUCUAAGAUCAGUCCUACUUUGACGAGGAACAAGUUGAAAAAUAUGUUACCGUUGAUGAUGGAAGUUACAGAGCCUAUGAUGAAAUACUUGGAAGAUCAACUGGUUAAUCAGGAAACAGUGAAAGUUUUGGAUGCUCAAGAUAUUUAUUACAAGUACACUACUGAUCUAAUUGCUACAAUUGCGCUUGGUACUAAAAUAGAUUCCUUUUAUUAUCCGAAUGAGUUUACGCACGCAGUUCAUAAAUCCUUUCACGGAUUAAAGAGAAUGAUUACUCUCGUGGUAGUCUUCUUCAUACCUCAAGUACUGAAAGUGCUCGGUACAAGGAUGUUUUUUAACUCCUACGAAUAUGUGACAAAAUUUUUUUGGAAGGCAAUGGAUAACCGCGAAAAAACUGGCGAGAAGCGAGGCGAUUUCAUCGAUUCGUUGAUUCAAAUAAAAAACGGCGAGCAAAAUCCUGUUUAUAAAUUUGAGGGAGAAAAUCUGGUGUAUCAAGCUGCUACUUUUUUUUCUGGCCUUGAAUCCAGUUCUACGUGUGCAGCUUUUGCUUUGAUGCAACUGGCGAAGCAUCCGGAGUAUCAGAAGCUAGCUAGGGAAGAUGUUAAUAGAGCGAUCGAGAAGUACGAUUGGACGUUUGAAGCGUUUCAGAAUAUGAAAUAUCUCCAACAAAUUAUAUUUGAAACUCUGAGAAUGCAUCCACCCGUCGGUACCAUCGACAGAAACACUCUUCAGGAUUACAAGAUUCCUAAUACCGAUAUUAUUAUCGAAAAAGGUACGCCGUUAUAUAUUUCUUUGUAUGGAAUUGGAUUGGAUCCUAGAUUCUGGAAUGAACCAGAAGUAUUCAAUCCUGACAGAUUCGCUGAGGGCUAUAUUCCCGAGGCUUUUAUGACGUUUGGAACUGGUCAUAGAAUGUGUAUAGGACUGAAAUUGGGUCAGCUGCACGCUAAAGUCAUUUUAGCUUUAUUGCUAAGAAAUUAUGAAGUUUGGCAAGUCGAAGAGCAUACAAGUUUUCUGGAUCGACGUUCAACUCUCACAACUGCGGGCAAUGGAAUUUAUCUGCAUUUCAAGAAGAUAUGAUAACGUUUAUAUAAUUUAUUGAGGUUACGGAUAAUAAUCGAAAUAACGAAAUAAAUUUCGCAAUCUAGUUUUACACAAUAAAAUAUGUUUAAGUUUACAUAGUAAAAUAUGUUGUUAAGUAUGUAUCUGACAGAUAUCAAUAUAUCUCAAAAAGCAAA